AUGCGAGAGACGCCAUGGGAAGCGCGGCUCGAGGGCCUCGCCAUCUAUCGCGAGCUCCACGGCCACUGCUCGAUGCCACGUACGUUCGUCGUCCCGCACAAGCAGCCGUGGCCCAAGCACCUGCGCGGCGCCGCCCUCGGCCGCAUCGCCGAGAACGCCCGCUUCGUCGCACUGACGUACGCGCCCGAGCGCUUCGAGCCCCUCGACGCGCUCGGCUUUGCGUGGGCGCCGGGCAACUCGCCGCUGCGCAUGCCCGGCGAGAGCGACGGUCGGCGCUCGGUCAUCGUCGUCGAGCUCUCGACGCUCGUCGCCGCCCUUCGCGCGUAUACGUCGGCCCACAGCGACGUGGACGAGAUGCCCGAAGACUUUAUCGUACCGAGUAAAGGCGCGUGGCCCCGCGCAGCGGCCGGCGUCGCGCUCUACCACGCGCUGCCGAUGCUCCGCAGCGAGUUUUACAGCCUCUCGUCCAAGCAGAUGCUCGCGUUGCACGGCCUGGAGCUGUGCACGGACCGCCCGGUGUGGGCCGACGUCCUCUCGCUGCUUCGCGCCUACGACCUCAACGUCGGCGAGAGCGCUGUGCCGCUCGACUUUAUCGUGCCCGCCAAGAAGACGUGGCCGAAAGCCUUCCACGGCUUUGCCCUCGGCGAGCUCGUGUGGUUCCUCGGCAUCAAGCGACACGAACUGCCGGACGAGAAGCGCGAGGCGCUCGACGACUUUGAGCUCGACUUCAACUGCAAGGGGACGUGGGCCAACAUCGUGCACGGCCUCGACGCGUACAUGACGAUGCUGAGCAAGACGAACGUGCCGGUGAGCUACGUAGUGCCCAAGCACUGGGACGCUGAAGUCCGCGGCAUGCGCCUCGGCUACUACGUCGCCAAGCUGCGUCAAGCCCAGGAGCUGCGUCUCCUCCCGAAAGAGACGCUGGCUGCCAUCACGAGUCUUGAGGACGACAAGCCGAUCGUGAGUCGCAAGCAGAAGGCAUCUCCCAGCGCUACGCCUCGGACGUCACCAAAAGCCAAGAAAGACCCGCCGGCGCUGAAGCGACGGGUGCCACCGACGCGCGACCCGUCGCCCGAGAAGAAGCGGGCGCGGGUCGAGACACCGUCGCCAGAGAAGAAACGCGUUGACGCACCGACGCGCCGUGAGAUCGCGGGCGGCCUUCCGUGGACCGACAUUAUCACGGCGCUGGCGGCGUACCGCCUCGUAUACGGCAACGCACGCCUGCCGCAGUCGUUUGUCAUACCGAGCAAGGACCGCCGGUGGCCAAAACACCUCUGGGGCCACGCGCUCGGGAUGACGGCGCAGAACGUGCGGUACCGCCGCCACUCGCUGCGGCCUGAGCAGAUUGAAGAGCUCGAGACGAUCGGCUUCGUUUGGCACUCGUCUGUGGGGACCAUCUCGUGCAAAACGACGACCUUGUACGCGGCGACCCCGUUCACCGCGCUCGUCGAAGCGCUUGACGUCUUUGCGGAAGAGCACGACCACGUCAACGUCCCCGACGGCUUUGCAGUGCCGAGCGGAUCGCCGUGGCCCGCCAAGGCCGCGGGUGUCGUCCUCGACGUGAUCCCGGCUCGGCUGCGCCAUCACUUUUACGAUCUGGCGCCGCCCGACGCCCGCAACGUGCACGAGCUCGGUCUGUGCUUGGACUUGCCGCGGUGGACCGGGCUCCUCAUGCUCCUUCGGCGCUUCAAGGCGGUCUUUGGUCACGGCAACAUUGGCAUCGACUUUCACGUGCCGGCCACGGACGAGUGGCUCCCGCGGUGGCACGGACUGCCCCUCGGUGAAAUUGUGUACGGCAUCGGCCUCACGAAGACCGGCCUCUCGUCGGAGCGCGCUACGCAGCUCACCGACUCGGGCUACGUGUUCAACACGCCCGCGACGUGGGCCCGCGUCGUCGACGGCCUGCGCGAGUACCACCGCCGUACCGGCUCUCAUGCCGUGCCCCCAACGUUUGUCAUCCCCACCAAGGCGUCGUGGCCCGAAGCCCUCCGCGGUCUGCAGCUCGGACGGUACUACAGCCGGCUGAAGCGAGCACAGCCGCUGCACAUGCUGCCGCCGGCCACAGAGCGCGAAGUGGACGCCAUGCGAAACCUGGCGGCGCCGCCAAACUCGGCCGCGCUCUUCGCCAACGUCCUGGUCGCGCUGGAGAUGUUUCAUUCCAAGUACGGACACGUCGAUGUCCCGAGUGACUUUCGAACGACGGCGGGACCCCCGUAUCCCCGGGCGUGCCGCGGUCUCCAGCUCGGAGCGGUCGUCAAGCUCAUCCGAAAACAGAACGUGAUCGACCCGCAGCACAAGGCGGCGCUGGACGCCUUUGGCUUCCGCUGGAGCAAGAAGACAUCGGCGAUCAAGGUCGAGGCGACGGCGCAUAGUGUCAAAGCCACGUCCAAGGAGAAGGCUGCUCUAAAGGAGAAGGCUGCCAAGGAGAAGGCUGCUGCCAAGGAGAAAGCUGCUGCCAAGGAGAAGGCUGCUAAAGAGAAGGCUGCGCUGAAGGAGAAGGCUGCGCUGAAGGAGAAGGCUGCAGUGAAGGAGAAGGCUGCAGUGAAGGAGAAGGCUGCAGUGAAGGGCAACACGUCGUCCAAGGAGAAGGCCACAAACAAGGACAAUGGUGCAGUCAAGGUCGACAAGCGCGCAGCGAUCGCGCCGGCGGAUCGCGAGUCGACCAAGCGCCGCCGCGUGCCGGACAUCAAGGAGGAGCCAGAGGUCCGCAUCAAGCUCGAGGUCGUCCACGACAGCAUCAAAGCACCACCGGCCGAGUCGAGCGAUUUAGCGCCGUUUAGCGAGUGGAGCUGGGACGAGAAGAUCCACGCGCUCUGCUUGUACCGCGUCAAGAACGGUCAUCUCGCAGUGCCCGACGCCUACAUCCUCCCGCUCUCGUACCCGCGGCGGCUGCGCGACAUGCCGCUCGGCAAGAUUGUGUCGCAUUUUCGCUUUGGCCCCAAGAUGCUGCAGCCCGACCAAAAGGCCGAGCUCGAUGCGAUCGGGUUUCUCUGGCGCGUCUCGGGCGUCCGGUCCCGCUGCUUUAUCCGAGCGACCGGGUCGGGCGCGCUCCAGGCAAAGUCCUUGUCAUGGGGCACCCAAAUCCAAGCGCUCUUAACGUACCAGCUGCUCCAUGGAACGCUCGACGUACCCCACGGGUUUGCCGUGCCGUCCAACAACGACGCGUGGUCGAUGCCGGCGCACGGUAUCCUGCUGAGCCUCGUGCUACCGGCGCUCCGGGACCACUGGUUCGAACUCCCGGACGACGACGUCGAUCUCGUGCGCUCGGCCGGUCUCGUGACCGAUCUGCCCGACUUUGACGAGCUCGUCGAUCUUGUCGCGAUGUACCGAGACUCGUUUGGCGACGGCGCCGUGACCCGCGACUUUGUCGUCCCAUCGACAGGUGGCGAAUGGCCCGACGCGUGGCGCGGCUUGGAGCUUGGCGACCUCGUGUGGCGCGUCGGUUUGAGAGCGCGAGCGCUCAAGACUGCCCAGACGACGCAGCUCGCGGACGCCGGGUAUCUCUUCAAUGUGCCUGCGACGUGGGCGCGCAUCGUCGACGGGCUGCGCACGUACUACUGGAUCCACGGAUCCACGUCGGUACCGCCGUCGUUUGUUGUGCCCCCGGCGCGCGCGUGGGCGACGGACCUCCACGGCAUGCGCCUCGGUCACUGGGUCGCGACGAUGACGCGCGCGCAAAACCACCUCCUCCUCCCGCAAGCGACGAUCGACGCGCUCGACGCGCUGACAACCGACACGGUCGACGUUGCACAACUGCCAUCGCCCGUACUGCCCAUCGCUGCCGGUCCGUCGCCCGUGCCACGACUUUUCAAGGCCCCAGCGCCGUUGCCGGCGUCUCCCGUAGCGACGGUCGUCAGUGUCCCAACGUCGCCGGUACCGACGACCAGCAGUGCUCCGGCACAGCAUUCGUCUGUGACGGUGCGUCACCCGCCGGUGGCUCCCCUCUCCUACGUGUACUUGGAUGACGACGACGACGACGACGACGAUGACGAUGAUGAUGAUGACGGUGCCAACGACAGUGGCGUCCAGGGUUACUUCCGCGUCUAGCCCCCGCUUGCUAUAUGCUUGUACCAAUACAGCUCAAAUGUCCGUUCCGA